AUGCUUCUUACUGGAACAGACCCUUCUGCACACCUAUUUAAGAAAAAUAUAAGAAUGUAUAAUUCUGCAUUAGCCUUUACUUCAAUAGAUGCAAAAAUUGAUCAAAGCAUAACAGAAACAAGUGGUCUUUACAGCUUUCGUAUUUAUGGUGAUGAUGAUUGGCAUCCAAGUAUUCCUAUUAAUUAUUCUAUAUCUACUAAUCAAGUUCUGUUAUACGAUAAACCUUCUGUAUCAAUUGAGGAUAAUAAUGCAAAUAAUACAAAACAUAUUACUGCAAUGAAUUAUUAUGCAUAUUGA